AUGGAGUCGAGCUACAUCGCUGGCGUAGAACUUGGAGGGACGACUUGUCUUGCGGCGAUUGCCGAGUUAAGCCAACCCACGACCAUAGUUGAAUCUUUUGAGGCAAAAACGACAUUUCCUCAAGAAACACUGCCGCAGUUAGUUAAAUUUCUCAAAGCAAAGCUUGCGAGUUUGAACAUUGCGUCUUUCUGUGCGAUCGGAAUCGCGUCGUUUGGACCAGUUGACCUUCACGAGGAUUCUGAAACCUAUGGAUACAUAACCUCGACACCCAAAGAAGCUUGGAGAAAUGCUGAAGUCCUUGGCUUUUUUAAACGUGAAUUUGGCGACUCCACAGCCAUUGCUUUCGAAACGGAUGUCAAUGCUCCAGCCAUGGCGGAGAUGGCCCAACGGCAGUGCGCUCAUCCACCCGGGCCUUCAUCGCUAGCUUACAUCACUGUGGGAACCGGAGUCGGGGUGGGGGCUGUGGUCGACGGUGCACCCAUCCAUGGGCUACUUCAUCCCGAGGGGGGCCAUAUGAUGAUACCUCCCAUGUCCGGCGAUACCUACACAGGGGGAUGCGCGUUUAAUCACGGUUACUGCGUGGAGGGAAUGGUGCAUUCUAAAGCAAUCGCAGAGCGAGCAGGGGUCGGAAAAACCGAGUUGCACACACUUUCUGAUGAUCAUGAUGUCUGGGAGAAAGUUGGUUACUACUUGGGUGUCCUGUGCCUCAACAUCACCUAUCUGAUAUCCCCUCAUGUGAUUGUCCUGGGAGGUGGCGUGAUGAAACGCAAAAUUCUCUACAGUAAAGCGCGCAGAUGGUUCAGGGAGCUAAACAAAGGAUAUCUCAAUAUUGAGAAAUUCAAAACUGAACAGGGGCUGAAAAGCUACAUCUGUGAAAGUGUAUUUGGUAAUUCAGCGGGGAUCACUGGAGCUCUGGAAAUUGCAAGAAAAAAAGCCUAUGACAAUUAA